AGUAUUGUUACUGCAAGGGAUGUCAAGAAUACAACAGGCGGACAGUCACCAGCUGAUCAAUUUGUUCGAUUCACUCCUUUUCGAUGCUGACGGUGUGCUCUGGCUUGAUGACACUCCGCUACCGGGUGCUGCCGAUUUUCUGCGACAUCUUGUAUCUGUCGGCAAAAAUGUCUUCAUAGUAACGAAUAAUUCAACUAAAACGCUGGAUGAUUAUGCGAAGAAAUGUCGACGCAUAGGCUUUGAUAUGAUAUCUGAUGACCACAUUUUAUCACCAGCUAAAGUUUUAGCUCAUAUAUUAGCCAAGGAAAAAUCCGACUUACCAGUGUAUAUUGUUGGUUCAAGUGGUUUACAAAGAGAAUUGAAAAGAGAAGGAAUAGAAAGCUUUGGAACAGGGCCCGAUCCUGUUGAGUCUUACACCAGUGCUGAAUCCAUACAACAAAUGGAUACAUCCAGAAAAGUGAGAGCUGUAGUAGUUAGUUUCGACAUACAUAUAAGCUAUCCUAAAAUAAUGAGGGCUGCAACCUAUAUCAACCAGCCAGGAGUCCGUUUUUAUGCUACCAAUCCAGACCCAAGGCUGCCUGGGCCUAUACCAGGUGUUAUUAUACCAGGAUCGGGUGUAAGUAUGAGGGCAGUGCAAACGGCUGCUGAUAAAGAACCAAUCUUAAUUGGUAAGCCCAGCAAAACAAUGUUCGAAUACAUCAAGGAGAAGUUCAAUCUCAAGACCGAAAAAUCGGUGAUAUUUGGUGACUCGUGUGAAACAGAUAUAAAAUUCGCAAAUGUGAAUGGUUUAACAUCGGUUCUGGUAGGUACUGGAGUGCAUAAUCUGGAUAAAGUGGGGGAAUUCGAAAAGCAGGGACGUGAAGAUUUGAUACCAACUUACUAUACUCCUUCUCUUAAAGUGCUUUUUGAUAUGUUACAGAAAUAGAGUAAUUUAGGUUGCUUUAAAUUUGUUAAAAGCUUCUUUUGCUGUUCUUCAUAUACCGUGAUUUGUACGGUAUUACUUAAUUUCUUCUGUUCUACCGUCUUGUUCUAAGCUUAUUCACGUAAUCCAAGUUUCUUUUUAGUAAAAUUCUCUGCGGGAAGUAGGCUUUCGACUUUACUGUUCAUGUUUAUCGCAGAUCCCACCAAUCUAAGCG